AUGCCCCUCCUCGGGCUGGGGGUGUACCAGAACGACGACUGCACGCCCGCAUGCCUCGCCGCGCUCCAGCACGGCUACAGGCACAUCGACUCGGCGCGCAUGUACCGCAACGAGGCGCAGGUGGGCGCGGCCGUGCGCCAGAGCGGCGUCCCCCGCGGGGAGGUCUUCGUCACCACGAAGAUCGCGCAGAACGAGCACGGGUACGACCGCACGCUGCGCGCCGUCGAUGAGUCGCUGCAGCGCUUCGGCUUCGAUUAUCUCGACCUGUACCUCAUCCACAGCCCCCUGUCCGGCACGGCGCUGCGCCUCGAGACGUGGAAGGCGCUCCUCAAGGCGAAGGAGGAUGGCAAAGUGCGCACGAUCGGUGUCUCCAACUACGGCGUGCACCACCUCGAAGAGAUCCGCGCGGCGGGCCUCGAGAAGCCCGCAAUCAAUCAGAUCGAGCUGCACCCAUUCUGCCAGCAGCGUCCGAUCGUCGCGUACUGCGAGAAGAACGGCAUCGUCGUGCAGGCAUACUGCCCGCUCGUGCGCGGGCGCUUCGGAGAUCCUGUGCUGCAGGAGGUCGCCGCAAAGUACCAGACGGACGUCGCGCAGGUGCUCGUGCGAUGGUCGCUCCAGCAUGGGUACAGCCCGCUGCCCAAGUCGGCGCAGCCCGCGCGCAUCGCGUCGAACGCGGACGUGUACGGCUUUGCGCUCGCCCCGGAGGACAUGGCGCCGCUGGACGCGCUGGACCAGGGCCGGGACGGCUCGGUCAGCUGGAACCCCGUCGACGCGCUGUGA